AUGCCGACGAAAUAUUUGAUCGUCACCCUCCCCGUGCAAUCCGCCGCCGGCGACUCUGAAGCCUCCCUCUGGCGCCGCCUCCAGGAAUCCAUCUCCCGCAACUCCCUCGACACCCCGCUCUACCGCUUCACCCUCCCGCGCUUCAGAGGCACCACGUUCAACUCCCUCAUCGCCCUCAGCGACGAACUCGUCAGGUCGAACGUCUUGAUCGAGGGGCUGGCGCUUAAGAUCCGGAAGCAGAUCGAGGACCUAGAACGCGACAGAGACGCCGGGAGCGGCACCCUCGCCGUGGACGGCGUCCCGGUCGACUCCUACCUCUCCAGGUUUGUGUGGGAUGAGGAUAAGUACCCGGUAAAGCCGCCACUCAAGGAAAUCGUCGCCAGCAUCCUAUCACGGGUCCGCAAGAUCGAAGAUCGCUUGAAGGUUCAAGCAGCGGACUAUAAUUCUGUUAAGAACAAGCUUAAAUCAAUAACAAGAAAGCAAAGUAUAAGCUUAGUGACACGUGAUCUUUCGAACCUGGUAAAGCCAGAGGAUAUUAUCACUUCCGAACAUCUAACAACACUUCUUGCUGUUGUUCCAAAAUACUCCCAACAGAACUGGUUGUCAUCCUAUGAGUUUUUCGACACAUUUGUGGUGCCAAGAUCAUCUAAAAGACUUUAUGAGGAUAAUGAAUAUGCUCUCUACACUGUAACACUAUUUGCUAAGGUUGUUGACAAUUUUAAAGUCUGUGCCCGUGAGAAAGGUUUUCUGAUCCGAGAUUUCGCGUACAGUCCUGAAGCACAGGAAAGCAAGAAGGACGAACUGGAAAAGCUCCGGCAAGACGAGGACGCUAUGAGAACAUCUCUUCUGCAAUUCUUAUAUGCCAGCUACAGCGAGGUAUUCAGUUCCUGGAUGCAUUUUUCUGCUGUAUUUCUCUUUGCAGAGAGCAUUCUUAGAUACGGCCUGUCAACACCAUUCCUGUGUGCUGUUCUAGCACCGUCUCCGAAGAGUGAGAAAAACCUAAGCAGCAUAUUAGAAGAGCUUUGUGGCUUUGCUAAUAGCAAAUACUGGAAGUCUGAAGAUGGCGAUCUCGGAGACGAAUCCCACCCUUAUGUCUCCUCCACCAUAAAUGUUGUGUGA